GUAAAAGAAACAUGAGCUUCGUUGGAAACAACAUGAGGAGUACUCAUCCUUACCUUAGGAGAUCUUCCUCAACAAAUAAUGAAACAGCAGCAACAGCAGAGUCCAGCCGACGUAGCGGAGCCGGAGGUCCGAUCCGUGCCAAUACCCGGCCGGCGGCCACCCUGGCCACGCGAGCCAGCAGGGUAGGAAACAACUCAUCUUUUGCUGGAUACCCAUCAUUUCUUCGUCCCGCGGAUCCAAGGCCUCGGCCGGACGAAGGAGCUGCUAGUGGUUUUAGAAAUCAUAUUACUCAGAGUACGCUGGAUGCUGCGGCUAGGGCACCAAACAUCUUGCUGCCAAUGACGGACACUCAAGGCCGGACCCAGUCAGUUGUCGUCAGGCCAUAUUCACGACCGUACGAUCAAUCUCGGCCCGGUUUGCUACCACCUGUGCUUGUGGCCCUUUUUCAACGGCCUGAUCCAAACAAUCCAGGACAGACUGUUUUGGAAUACUACCCACCAAUAACGCUGCUGAAUUUCGGACACAGUACUCGAACCAGUACUAUUCCGCCCCAACCGCCGGUCCGGAACGAGAAUGUCCACCAAACAAAUCCCUCAUCAUUUGUCGGACCAUCAAUCCUCCAUGGAGCGAACAACAGGUGUCAGAUUCUCCAAGGCGGCCUUCAAAGCGGCCGAAAUAGUAGUACCGGAGGAGGCGGAGGAGGAGGGGGGUUUUUGGCGCGAGGAAUGGCGCGAAAUAAUAUCCCGGCCGCAUUGCCUUCUGUGGAUCGGGUAAGGGAAGCGCUUCGUAAUCAUAAUUCGGGUGUGCCGGCAACGUUUGAUCGGAACGUGGAGUCGGCGAAUGGACGUUUGCCAGGGCGAAAUGAACCAUUUGGUAGGACGGCGGAGGCGACGCCGUACCUUGACUUGGUGUCGUCGGACGAUGAGGAGGAGGACGACGACGAAAUGGACUUGGCGGCGGCGGAAGACAUUGCCCUGAUUCAUGCAUCUCGGUUAGCUCGUCCGUACAUAGAAGAGCGCCGCAGCCAAAUUGAGGCUGCAUUUCGAGCCACCCUUUACUCCCAGGCCAUUCAGCCAGCUGAGAAUUCCGUCACCGACUCUGCACAUCCGAGUUCAUCUUCCCGUAGUCAGAUAGCCCAGGAACGUGUUAAAAUGUUGAUAUCAUAUCGAAUGACGGAGUUGCUGAGGAAUCGCAAAUACCAACCAAAAGAAGGGGAUCUAUGUCCUAUUUGCUUUGAAGGUUUAGUAACUGGGGAGUGUCCAAUCAAACUGGAUUGUAGCCAUUGCUUCCACAUUGGCUGCAUCAAGGAGUGGCUGGAUAUUAAGAACAUCUGCCCGUCGUGUAGAGCUGUUGCCCUGAAUUGA